AUGGGAAGAGGGUCUUCGUUUGCAAUCGACGAAGAGAUGCUCGCUCUCGUCGUCCCUUGCUCGCCGCCUUCACUGUGGUCGUCGGAAUCCGGCUCGCCGCCUUCACUGUCGUCGUCGGAAUCCGGAAUCCGAAUCGCUGCAAUCGACAAGCUUCUUCUACUCGUCGUCACCCAAUGCUCGCCGUCUUCACUGUCGCCGUCUUCACUGCUCGCUAGCUGCGUGGAGAGGAUCGAAGGAAGGAAGGGUUUCGGCGGUGAGAAAGAGGUGAGAAAGAGGAUCGAAGGAUUGUAA